AUGAUCGUCAAUCCGAUGGACAAUAUCGGUUCGUACAUUACCACACAAGGCGCUUCAAUCCUUUCUCGGGAUGGAAAUUAUUCAACCGGAUAUAAUGCUACAAUUCCAUUGGGCAUAAAUCCGCAGCCUCUCUACAUUCAAAAUCCAGCUUCGGUUACUACGGGUCAUCAUCAAUUUGCCUCUCCACACAACUUUUCUUUGGUGCCGCAAAAUUCGUUGCCUACUCCAAUUCAUAUCAAAACGCGGGUAUUUGUGCCGAAUCAGAUUGUUGGUAUUCUUAUUGGGACUAAGGGUCAGACAAUCAAGAGUGUUAUAGCGGAAUGCGGUGCCAUUAUAAGGAUUGAAGGUGAUCGUGAUCCGACUCCAUCUUCCUCUUCGGUUCAUCAAAACACAAAUAAUUCUGUCGCUGCCAGCCAAGAAAAUAGUUAUAAUAACAACACCAAGAGCACAACUACUUGUGUUGAAGAUCCUUCUGUUAUUACUAGUGAUCAUCAUUCUCAAGAGGUUGGUGAUAACGCUGGUGAUAAAACUUCGAAUGGUCCGAUUGUGGCGCCUGCAGCUGUUGAUUCUUUGGAAACUUGUGAAGAGGUCACUAUUACUGGUCAUGCCAAUGGUGGGCACAAAAAGAAUAAUAUCGUUGCUGGACAUCCACCAGGUCCAGAUCAACGAGGAGUGUUCAUUUCUGGAUAUGACUUUCAAGUUUCUAGGCAAUACUACGCCUCUCAAGGAAUGCUUGGUCAGACAAUUAAGAGUGUUAUAGCGGAAUGCAGUGCCAUUAUAAGGAUUGAAGGUGAUCGUGAUCCGACUCCAUCUUCCUCUUCGGUUCAUCAAAACACAAAUAAUUCUGUCGCUGCCAGCCAAGAAAAUAGUUAUAAUAACAACACCAAGAGCACAACUACUUGUGUUGAAGAUCCUUCUGUUAUUACUAGUGAUCAUCAUUCUCAAGAGGCGCUCUUUUGGGUAUUCAAGAAGUAAGUUGGUUUUUUUUAAUUGCGGCUCUUUGAGGGGUUUCUUAUCGAUUUU